CCCCAAGCCCUUCAUGGACCACUAGUCUGGAGUGGAUUGGAAUUGCAAACGAGCAAUGAGUGGGUCUGCAGUUUCUCCGAACUGGACAUCAAAGAAAUACGCCCAGGUCUAGAAUAUUGUAAAUGUCUGAAGCUUGAUCUUUCCCAGGUCAAAAAGGAGACCUUUCCACUUCCUCACCUAGGAAAGGUUCUUCAGGAUCUAAGCUUGAAACUUCAUAGCGGUCGAGGUUUCUUCAUCCUAAGGGGGCUCGAUCCAAGAGAUUUCACUCGAGAGGAGAACGUCAUUUUGUACCUAGGUAUAUCAAGCUAUAUUGCAGAGCAGAGAGGCAGACAAAGCCAUGACGGAAGCUUGAUUACGCAUAUUACCGAUGCGGUUCUCUCCAACACACCAAGACAAGCACGCCCGUCUCUAUACUCCAAUGUUGCCCAGCCUUACCACAACGACAUUGCACCUGAUAUACUGGCACUGUACUGUCUCAACUCUGCCAUAUCUGGUGGUAAAAGCUGCAUAUCAUCGUCCUGGAGAGUUUACAAUGAGCUUGCUGCAACGCGACCAGAUAUUCUUCGUAUAAUGUCAGAGAACAACUGGAACACUUCCGGUGGCUAUACUUUCCUGAAGAAUCAUGCUCUUCUCUAUAACAACAGCGAAGGAAGACCUAUCUUGAACUUUUCCCGCCGGACUUUAACGAGCAACGACAACUUUCCUCGUACUAGAGGGUCUCACCUCUAUGAACCUCUCAUAGAAGCCCAAGCAGAAGCCAUUGAUGCUAUACAUUUCACCGUCGUGAAGCACGGGUUGGAGAUCAACUUGUUGCCGGGGGACAUGUGCUUCAUCAACAACCUUGCACUGAUGCACGGUCGUAACGCUUUCGAGGACAGCGAUGAGUCGAAGAGGUACUUCUUGAGACUGUGGCUGAGAGAUCCUGAAAACGCUUGGGAGAUUCCAGAGGGACUGCGAAAGGUUCACGACCUCGUUUUCGAGCCACAACCCGACAUUGAGGACCACUGGGACAUUGACCCAUAUAGUGUCCCGGGGCAUCAAUUACAACCCUCCACUAAUUGUGGGUGA